AACAUCCGUUCAAUGGCUGCACCAGAAAAACCAAAAGCACCAGAACAAGAAAAAUGGUAUUUUACCAAAGAACAACUGCAGAAUUCUCCAAGCAAAAGAUGCUGUUUAGAUGCAGAUAAAGAGCUGGCCUAUCGGCAGCAGGCCGCCAACCUCAUACAGGACAUGGGGCAGAGGCUCCAAGUCUCUCAACUAUGUAUCAACACGGCAAUUGUGUACAUGCAUCGCUUCUAUGCGUUCCACUCAUUCACACAAUUUCACCGGAACUCCAUAGCGGCUGCUGCCCUCUUCCUCGCUGCCAAGGUAGAGGAGCAGCCGCGCAAGCUAGAAUACGUGAUCAAGGUGGCCCACGUGUGUCUGCAUCGAGGGGAGCGCGGCGACGCGGUGUCACAGCUGACCACCGAACAGUACCAGGAACAGGCACAGGACUUGGUAUUCAACGAGAAUGUCCUCCUGCAAACGUUAGGUUUCGAUGUGGCUAUAGACCACCCCCACACGCACGUGGUGCGGACGUGUCACCUUGUGAAAGCGCCUAAAGACCUGGCUCAGACGUCCUACUUCAUGGCGUCCAACAGUCUGCACCUGACGACCAUGUGUCUGCAGUACCGGCCGACGGUGGUGGCCUGCUUCUGCAUACACCUGGCUUCCAAGUGGAGCAAUUGGGCGAUACCUCAAUCGAGCGAGGGCCGCCACUGGUUUUCUUACGUGGACCGCUCGGUGACGGCGGAGCUGCUGGAGCGGCUCACGGCCGAGUUCCUGCACAUCUUCGACAAGUGCCCCUCGCGCCUCAAGAAGAAGAUGAAGACCAUGUCCAACAACAGUGGCAGCUCCCCGCACUCGGCGCCCGGAUCAUCUUCUGGAGGUCCCUUCGACAAGAAGCACGUGAUGCCGAGCAGCGAUGACUUUGAUAAGAGCUUUGAUAGAGAAUACGAGCGCGAGAAGCGGCGCCAGCCAAUGCCGGGCGGCUACGUGCCCGCCGCCGGCGCCCAGCCCACCAAGAUCGACCACAACGCGUACCGAGAGAAGAGGGAGCGAGAGGAGCGCGAGCGACAGAGACAGGCGGCGGCGCGCGCCCCCCCGCGCCCGCCCGCGCCGCCCCCCCGUGCGCCGCACAAGCCGCCGCCGUCGUGGCCGCCGCAGCACCACGCCAAGCACCAGCAUCAUAAGCCGUCUGCACAUCCGGACCAUAGGCACCACCGCCCCCCCUUCCCCGCGCCGCAAGAGGUCCCGCAGCGCACGCGGCCGCCCUCGCUGUUCUCUCCCGAGAACGCAACGGCUCCAGCCGUGGCCGCCACCAGCUCCGUGCCUAGAAGGCCGCAAGAGCAGCGUCCGGCGCCGCGCCCCCCGCACCGCCCCAAGGAGCCCCCGCCCGCGCCCGCGCCCGACGCCCGCGUGCGGGACAUGCAGCCGCCCGCCAUACUGUCGCCCUUCUCCUCGCCCCCGCCCAAGGAACACAAACCCCGGCAACGACAACCAUCGAAUUCGGAGCCAGAACUCGUCCCAGUUGUUAAGAAACUCGAUGAGACGCCUGGCUAUGAGAAUUUACUAAGAGACUCUCAAAGGAGCAGUCAGGUUAGAAGACCGCCCGAACAGAAACGCCCAGAGCCUACAAUACCACCGUCGAGACCGCUGAAUGGCAUAGAAACAGAUCCGACGCUAGUGUCGAAUUUAUUGAAAGAGAGCCUGGCGAAACCGGCCCCGAUCACCGUGCAAGUUGAGAAGCGAUCGCCGGAGGAAGUCAAGCGGGAGGUGAAGAGAGAACCGGUCAUAGAACCACCACCGGUUGUGGUCCCUCCAGUAGUGGUAGACCCGCCCCCCGCGCCAGCUGCCCCGCCCGCCGACGAGGCCGAGCACAGACACAAGAAGGAGAAGAAAAAGAAGGAGAAACACAAACACAAAGACCGCGACAAGUCGAAGGAGGAGCGCAAGAAACACAAGAAGGAUAAGGAGAAGAAGCCGGAAGCCCCAGCUCAACCCCCCGCCGAGCCUACUAACGACACUCUCAGGAUCACCAUCCCGAGGGAUAAGCUAGCAUCUAGCCCGGCGCAGGGUCUGAAAAUCAAGAUACCUAAAGAAAGGCUAGCGGUCCAACCGCCGCCGCCGCCGCAGCAGACCUCCGGCCUCAAGAUCAAGAUAUCCAAAGACGUGCUAGACUCGUCUCGCAAGCGUUCGGCGCUCCCCGACAACGGACCCCCCAUGAAGAUGCAGCGGCAGAACGGAGCACCACACCCUCACAAGGUAGGCAACUGGCACACGCCACCCCCUUACAGGCCGCCGCUGCCGUACUACAUGGUGCAGCCGCCUCCCGCCUUCGGGAUGAUGCACUUUAUGGGCAUGGACGGGUACUACUAUCCGCAGAUGGGGUAUCAUCAUCAUCAGCCGCCCCCGGCCCAGCCGCCGCCAGCCCAGGCGCCGCCGCUGCCCCCGCUGCCGCCGCCGCCUGUUCCGCCGCCGCCGCCGGAGUAGAUAAAAAUAUUGGCAAGGAUCCCUUGGCAUCUGUGGCAUUUAUUUGGUAACGAAAUUGCUGCUAAUAUUUUAGCAGUGACUGGGAUUGCGUUUUGAGUUAUUUUACGUGUGACAUUUGCAUUAUUAUUUUCUAUAUCAUAGAUAUAACAUCUUACUCGGACUACUACUAUUUCGGACUAAAAUCAGUUGUCUAUAAUGCCUGCUGAUGAUGUUGAUGAUGUCAUCAGAGGUAAUAUAGAGAAUUUACGUGAUGAUGACAUGGGUAAAAUAAUUAUUUGCUACGCGGUCUCGAAUUUUACGUUGCAAUCGUGAAAUGAAUAUGCCAAUAAGUGCCAAAGGGUCUUUUUCAUGAGAUCAGUCGAUUGUGAAAGCAGACAUCUUUGUUGAACCUGUCAAAAACUUGGUCAAUUACACAGUAAGAUUAUUGAGUCUGGGCUCUCAAAUAUUAGAUUUCUGUUUUUAUAACCAGGCUUGCGUUCUUACGCGAUAGAUAGUAAAUUUUUGAGAAAGAUUUGGAUUUAUUAGUUCUACAGACGUAGGCAUUAAAAUCAUUAUUAUUUAUAAAUUUUACAAUCGUAAUUAUUGUUGCGAUUACUUACAUCGAGUAUCGUUUCAAAAAUAAUUGUUUUCUAUUUUUAUAAGAUUUUUGCCAUGACACAAUGGAGGUUUCGGGGGGUAGAUAGCUAGACAAAAUAUUUUCAUGUUUAUCUUUAAAAAUUUAAAUAAAUUUUAUAACCUAUGUGAGUCAUAGUAUUCAUAGUCGAUAGCGCUCUGAACAGAAAUAAUUAUAUCAACUACUCUGACUUAACUGAGAUCAUUAACUUGGUUAUAUUUAGCCAGAAGGUCUCAGAAAUUGAUCAACUUGUCACUUACUAUACCUCAAAUUCAAUUUAAUACUGUAUAUCAAAAGUUAAUCAUAUUAUAAAAUGUUGAUGUCUAUUUAUCAUAAUAUUCUAAUAAAGUAAAACAGUAGGUAAAUAUUUUUGAACAUUUUUAAAUGUAUGGCUUGAUGCUAGUUGAAAAAUAUACGAAUUAUUGCCGAAAUACAGGUUAUUUACUGUAGUCUUAAAGAUAUGAUCUGGUAUGAUUAUGCACUUGUGUAUAUUUCUAUUUUGUAUCUGUAUUUCCUUAUCUAUUACUGAACAAAAAUACUUAUUACUUUGAUUUUCUCUUUCUUACUCAUUAUAUUUAAUACAUAAGGACUAAAGAAUACCAGUAAUCAAUAAAUCGUUCACAAAAUGUAUACCUUUACUAUUAUAUUUAUAUACUUAUAUUUACUCAAAUAUCACUUAUAUACCUUACCUUUUAACUUUUUACAUGUUUCAUAGAAUUAGGCGUAUUACUUAUAUACCCGUUUUUCCAUUUUAUAUGUAUAAGGAAACUUGUUAUAUUGAAUGUUGUCGCUUGUGUAGUUAGUAAAAAAAAAUAUGGAUAUAUUUACAUAUACAUAGUUUCGUAACUUUACAGAUGUUUUCAAUGUUGUUAUGUAAGUAUAAUAUAUAUUAUGGUGUAUAAUAAGAUGUCGUGAAGUCUUAAGGACUUAAUAUUUAUAGUUUAGCAGCCUUUCAUUCCAUUAAUCUUUAGUUUUAUUUAUUAAACAAAAAUAAACAUAAAAAUACAUUACCAGAACAGCUUUAAAAUUAAUAUUUUUUCUAGUUUUAUAUUUUACGAAAGUUAUCAAAAUACGAAUAAGAUAGCGAAUAAAAGCUGACUGCGUGUUGAUUUUUUACAAUGUUUAUGAAAACGUGCUUAUUGCUCAAGAAAUAUCUAAAUGUACCCGAAUACAGGGUGAUUAAAAUGUUCCUUUAAAAAAAACUGAAUUAAAACAAAACUGUUGUAUAUUCGAUAAGCAUUUAAAAGUAUUAAACUAAUAUUAUAUUGUUAAGAUUGGUUGUUAUUUUCAAUAUUUGCUGAGAUCAAACAUGUAUUUUUUGGGGGCGUGUAAAAAAUUGGUGCCAUUAAAUGUUACCAUUUUUUGUUGUUGUUAAAAAUAUAUUCGCUGUUUGAUGAACAUAAUUUAGUAAGUACUUAAGAAUAUUAUUUCUAGCCAUUGGGCUACACAAGACAUCAGCCUGGCAUAGUUAUUGGUUUAGUAUCGGAAAAAAAUAUCAUGAACAAGAUUAGAACUUAUUUUUUCUAAGCAAGUAACAGUUUUUUUUCGAACCAUUUGAUCAUUUUUUUUUUGUAUAUCAUACAAUUUGAUUUUUUUUAAAUAUAAAUAUUGCCAGAUUGAUUGUUUUGUAGCCUAAAAAAGUGUAACUAUUUUGUAUUUUUGGAACAAUUCAUAUACAUACCUACUGUGUAACUCUAAUUAUAAGAUACCUAGUAUAAAAUGAUUUUGAAAAAAAUGUUUGAGAUUAAUGUUACGAAUUUCACGUUGUUUACUUAAAGUUAAGUUGUCGGUUAUUUAUUUUUUUGAACUCCAAUAUUUCUUUUAAUAUGUAGAAGAGCAAAUUAUUAUUUUACUUACUUACCUACCUUUUACUUAUCUACAUUCUAAAAUUAUAAAUCGCUUAUAAAGAAUUUACUUAGUUUUAGUCGUAUUAUAAUUCUUUUUUGUAUAUUUUUGCAUUUUGACAGUCUAGUUUUUAGUUUUAGUUAUGUGUUUUGAUAGUUAUUAAUUGGAAAAAGUAUAGAGUAAUUGACUUUUACUUUGUAGAACUUAACAAUUUUCUAGAUUAUUUAGAAAAACUAUUUUUUUCUUUGCAUGAAAAUAUUAAUUUGUGAAUUGUGUGCAUCUGGAUUGCGGGGACACCUAUCACUAUCACGAUAUUAGUUUUUUAAAAUUUAUUGUAGACGAGUCUUCCAAUCAAGAUGAUCACGUCAUAUUUUUUAUCACAAUGGUGUUUUUUUUUAGUUUGGCUGUUAUGUUUAAGCUUGUUUUUUUUAAAGGUUGCAUUUUUAACUGUACGUCAAUCUUUCUGACCACUAUUAUCUGACGCAAACGUAU